AUGUCUAAUAAUAAUAGAUUCAUUACAGAUUCUAAUAUUCUUCUUAUAGCAUCUCAUCAUGCUGCAACAGAUCAAUCCGCUUAUCAAAUAUUUCUAAAUGAUCUUUAUUUUGCUUAUAAUAAAAAUGUCAAAUGGACAGGUGAUGAAGACAUAUUACAAUAUAUUGAUUAUGCUGUUCAUGAACGUUUAAUUGAUAUGACACCAUCACGUGAAUUUUGGCUUUGA